ACUGACAUUCCCCGGGUCUCACAUGAGGAGCUCAGCACUGGGGACACGUGAGUUCACAUCUCCACUCAGGUUCUUAUUGGACAACCAAGCAAUAAUCACUGAUAAACUGAGGAUUUGCUCGAACACAAGACAAAUCUCCGAGAAUGGCGCUCCCCCAGAUUCUGAGUCAAAAAAAAAAUUAUCCUGAUUCGGUGGAGGAUUGCUAUGAGGUGUGUGGACACAAGCUGAGGAUCGUUCGGAUGAUUGGCUCUGACCUUGAGUUUUCCUCUACCAUCUGGGAAGCUGGUCUCGUGCUUUGCCAGUACUUUGAAAAGGAGAAGAUGGAUUUCACCGGGAAGAAGGUGAUUGAGCUGGGCUCUGGCACUGGAAUCGUAGGCAUUUUAGCAGCUCUUUUGGGUGGGAAUAUCACUCUGACGGACCGACCCCGUGUUUUGCCACAAAUACAAAACAACAUGAAUAAUAACAUCCCCGCUUCUAUAAUCCACCGAUCAAAGGUGUCCGUUCUCUGCUGGGGUAUAAACCACUCAGAUUUUCCUUCUGAUUAUGAUUAUAUUAUUGGCUCGGAUAUUGUGUACAGCCUCAGUUCUUACAGCUUUUUGAUUGAGACCCUGAAGUCCCUCAGCAACCCUAACACUGUUAUAUUGAUCUCUUCCAAAAUGCGGUCUACAACCAGAGAAUUUCAUAACCGGAUGGUAACUGUAGAUUUUAACUCCGAGGUUGUUUGCAGUAACACUAAUGCGGAGGUCAAUUUGUACAAGCUAACCAGGAAAUGUCCAGCGACUGAAGCCCAGGAUAGAAAUUAGACUCUUGCAAUCAAUAAUCUUAUGACGGUUUCAAUAAAUAAUUAUCACCAAUUUGCUGUUUUCCGCACUUUCUCUUUCCAGCCUGGAAACUGGUAAAAAGAGAUAGUUUUACAUGUGGCCCAGACACCCCAAAUUCAGUACCUCACAGGCUUGAAGUUAUUGGUGCUUUCUCCAGAUCUGCUCCCAUUAAAGCGGGAGGCGUUCAUUAGUUAGUGAUUACCAGCUGAAACAUGUUACUCUGAUGCUGGCUUCAUUCCUAUAUUCCGAUGCCAAGCAUGUCACCUUGGAGCCAGUUCACCUCCAAAGAGACCUCGCUUACAUGCAUGAAUAUCAAAUGCAAGAAUUUCUUUUUAUUAUUACAAUAUCUUUACCCAAAGUUUUAUCCUUGAGACAGCCACAUAAAUACUGACCUGCCAUUUGCUAACUUGCUUACUUGGGCUUAAGUAGAGAUACCUAGUGGAGUCCUAGUACUGUCCUAUAUGAAGUUUAAAAGUGGUUAGAGCACUCGCCUCACAAUCGAGAGACUUGGGUUCGA